AGGAGAAGGAGAAGGGGAUGAGAAUACGAUGUCGGCACUGAUCAAAUUGUUGUCGAAAUACUCGUGGGAUGCGAAGCUAAUUCUGAUCCUAGCAGCCUUUGCGGUCACCUACGGUGGCUUCUUCCACUUCCUUGGGGUAGUGGGGGUGGAUAAAUGGAAGUCCCUAGAGAAGCUGAGGAGCAUUAUGGAGGCCAUGGUUAAGGUCACCGUCAAUUUAAUCAAAGCUCGCACUCUGCUGCCACCUGCUUCCUCCCUUGACCAAUCGAUUGUCCAAACUGCUGUUUACUGGACCAUCAGGAGUGUCGUCGCCUGCAUGCCCCACAUCUUUGGCUUCCUUGCCUUUGGUCAAGAGUAUACGCCAUCGGAAAGUGAGGACAAGGAACUCAAAAAAUUAAGGGAAAAUGUCAAAUCCAUUGAUCGCGAAAUUAAAGCUGAACUUGAUGGUUACGAUGAAUACAUUGAAAGGAAUAAGAGAUUUGAGUACGUUCAAAAGAUUGACCUAUGUUUCAACAUGAUCCACACUGACAAUAUAAAGAUUGUCAACUUAUUGCUUUGCGCCGAAGGUGGUCUAAAGCCGCUUUUCCAAGUCUCCACACCCCAGCAACGGGUUGGCGUUGAAGUGCUGAAGAAUAAAAAUGUGUCACUACUGGUAUUGAGGGAGUUGGACUUCUACCAAGAAGAGAUCGGGAUUCUGGUUGAGAUGCACAAGAACACAAAGCAAGUGUCUAAGUACGAAUUGGUGUGUUUCCCAGUAGGGAAGACAUCACAAUCCAAAAAGGAAGAUUUUGAGACCAUGCUGAGCUUGAAGAAGAUGCCUUGGUACUUGGUGCACCAUGACCACCCCAUCAACCUUGGCGUUAUUGAGUACUUUGAGAAUAAGUGGAACUUCAUCAACAAGCCCAUCCUGGUGGUAUUGGACCCACAGGGCAGGCUUAUCAGCCAGAAUGCCUUCCCCAAUAUAAGGGUCCGGGGAGGGAUUGAUCUCCCUUUCACUGAGCUCUGGAGUAAAGCCACUUGGGGACUUCAACUCUUGCUUCACACCAUUGAAGAAGGCAAUAACAUCCUCCAAUGGAUAAAGGAAGAACGAUUCAUUUGCCUGUAUGGAGGAGAAGACUCCAAGUGGAUCGAGGAUUUCACGAAGAUGGCACAAAGGGUGACAAAGAAAGCUAAUAUCCAAUUCGAGAUGGUGUACAUGGGGGCGAGAAACCAAACGAAGCGAAUGAAGCAAAACUUCACCUUUAUCAAGCAUAACAACCUAAGCAAUUGCUGGCCAGAGCUUGUUUCCAAAUUUUGGGUCAGGUUGGAAAGCAUUUGGAACUCCAGGAUGCAGGUGAUUCCCAUGAACACCUUCGAGGGGGAUGACAUAAUGAAGGGGAUCAAGACCAUGCUUACCUACGAUGGCAGCGACAAAGGGUGGGCCCUGAUCAGUAAGGGAUCCAAGAUCAUGGUCAAAGCCGAGGGGGACAUAAUCUUGGAGUGCUUCAAACAGUACGAUGAGGGGUUUGUACCCCCUGGGCUGAAGGAUUUUAUGGAGAUGGUCAUUCAUUACGUGAAAAAUCAGGACACCAAGCUUCACUGCAAUCGUCUCAUUCUGCCUGUCACAGUCGGCAAGAUUCCGGAGGAGAUGACCGGUGAGAUUUGUCACUGCACUAUGGAGAAGUCCAUCAUGUACCGUUGUUGUAAUGAUUAGUUCCCUUCAGACAAUGACUAUAUGCGACAACGGUGGACAGUUCUUCCCUAAUAGUAGUUUGAAUAAGUGAUAGCUC